AUGAAACUUAUUGUCCUGCUCUUCAUAAGUUAUGUUUUGGCACAAGAUUGUGACGGAGAUGAUUGUGAAUUUGUUAUUGAAGAAGACCACACAUAUUUGACAUAUGGAAGUACUUUUAAACUUCGUCACAUGAUGACAGGAACUAGGUUACAUUCACUUCUAGUUACUUAUGGAAUGGGGUCAGGCCAACAAGCUGUUACUGGACUUCAAGAUCUUGAUGAUGUUGGAUCAUUGUGGACGAUUAGAUGUGCUAAUAAAAAAUGUAAAUCAGGAGAGGUCAUUAAAAAUGGUGACCAAAUAAUUUUGACACACGUUGCAACAAAAAAGAAUUUACACAGUCAUAAAAAAUUAUCUGAAAUUACUGGUCAACAGGAAGUAAGUUGUUUUGGAAAUGAUGGUAUUGGAGAUCAUGGUGAUUUUUGGAUUGUUGAAUCUGAAAAAGGACAGUAUUGGGACUUGAAUGGAUAUGUACGUUUAAAGCAUAGUGAUACAAACAUGUAUUUAAAUUGUAACCCCUAUGCUAAAUAUGGAGGUCCUGUAUCUGGACAACUUGAAAUUACUGGUAUUGCUGCUAAAACGGAAAAUACAAAAUGGAAAGCUGCUGAAGGUUUUUAUUUACCAGCUUCAUCCAAAUAA